AUGUCUGAUGCUUCUGUGUCUCGUCAGUUAAGCCAAGCCAUUGUGUCGCAACUUAUAGAAAAGCAUCCUCAAGCCCAAGUUGAGUAUUUGGAUUUGGCGACACAACCAAUUCCACAUUUGGAUGCGGAAAUCUUGAUGGGGCAAAAUGCAGAGCAAUCGGCUUUAGGUUUGGCUGGUGACAAAAAAGCAUAUAUCGCCAGUAGUCGUGGUGGUGUUUAUGGCGACAACAGCCCUGUUGAUUUCCAAGAA